CACAACAUGCAAUCUCCCACGGUUAUUGGUAAUUAUUUCUCAACUUAUACACGUUCCAUCAGAAUGGCUCUGAUCCAUUUGGACGUGUCUUUCCAAUUUGAACAAGCUGAUCCACACAGCUCAUUGGCAUACAAGUAUAAUCCAUUUGGUAGAAUACCUUCCUUCUUACAUAAAGACAAGACAAUUUUUGAAACAUUAGCUAUUCGUGAAUAUAUCGAUACUGUAAUUUCAGAUAAGUUGACACCUAAAGAUCUAGACACAAGGAUAAAAAUGAUCCAGAUGAUCAGUAUCUUGAACGAUUACGUGUUUCAUCAUGUUCUCUUUGGCGUUUCCAAGCGUCGUGAUAUGUAUGAACAACAAGGCAAAAAGGAAGAAGAGAUCAAACAACUACUAGAGGGCCCCUUAAAAAAGGCAGUAUCGAUUAUUCAGGGUGUAGACAAGCUCGUACCUUGUAAUGGACAAAAGUUCUUGUGUGGUGAACAGCUCACUUGGGCAGACUUUUUGUUGUUUCCAGUGAUGGCAGACAUGUACGCGAUACGUGAAGGACCUGACUUUAUAGCUUGUUCACCCAACUUAAGGCAAUGGUUUCUCACCUUCCAAGCACGUAAAGAGGCAAAAGAAACCUUUCCAGGAACUAUAGCUGAUACAUUGUCCAAGAAAAAAUCAAAUGUUUAAAUAAAUCUAUUGCUGCGCAUUUGCAUGACUUCUUCAUUUCAAUCACCGAUAUUUUUCGUGGUACCUUCAUGUAUGUCCGGAGCACAGGGUACUCAGGGCAACGUCAUCUGAUCCAAAGGAA